AAGUAACCGCCAUCUCAAUGGCGACGACUUCUCCAGCUUCGCAGGCGCGCUCUCCGCACUGCACUCCACACUUGUACGACGCACCACCGGCACCACAGCAUCAUCAUGGCGGACCUCGACCAGCGGCUCUCGCGCGAGCUCGCCCGCAUUCUUUUGUGCCCCUACCCGGCGUCCCUCCAGAGGCUCAAUGACAUCCUGGCCGACGCAGACGGUCCCGCAGCGGUGACAGCGUGGAUAGACCAACACCCGUGUCAGGUUGCGAGGCUUUGCUCUGUGGCGACCAACGCCUUGCCACUCUGGCCGUCCAGCCUGAAACUCCUGCAAUGUUUAUGUCACGCCGCCGCUUUUAGAGCAUGUCUGCUGCGUCAGGAGCCUUGCAUGCUGGACGACCUCCUCACAAAGGCCAACGCGUCGCUGCAUGGCUUUCACGAGUAUUCCCAGAUCUGUGUGCUCUUUCUCUCCGAGCCACUUCCAGAGUCGGUCCCACUACCAGCGGCUGCACAGUCUUUCUUCCUGCGCGUUUUUGACGAGGCCUCGCAGACACCAUGCGUCACUAUGCUGGCACCUGUCUACGCCAUGCUAAAGGGGGCAUGCCGUGAUCUCAUCGGCCUUCUACCGCAGAACACUAGAGACGACUUCGACCAGCAGAUAUGCCGCAUACUAGCCUCCAAACAUGCCCAGAAGGACUCUAUGCUUCUACUCUGGUGUCUUGGGAUUGUUGUACUCGCUGAAGGCAUACCAGUGGCCUCUGAGCUGAAAGGCCCUCCGAAUGCAACAUUGCAAGAUGUUCCACCAAUUCUGAAAUCAUCUCAAGAGCGCACAGAGGUCAGAUGGAGCUCUCCAGCCGCUCGGAGGCUGUUCGACUCCGUCAAGGCUAUGACAAAGACUACCACCAUGACUGUCCUUAGUGUCAUCUGGGCAUGCAAGAGCAGUUGUGGGGACGGUAUCACAGAUGCGGAGGCGGCUGAAGGCAUUCGAAUCGCGAUCCGAACUCUGCAAUCCGUGGACGUCGAUGUUCGGCACGAAUGGUCACACAGCAGUUCCCUUACAAAGUCAAUGUUACCGAAAUUAGUCGAAAAGUCCCUUCGCCCGGAAAUCCACCCGUUAGUGCAGCUUGAGGCUUUCGGAUUCUUGGGUACACUCUUAGGCCACGAGAAUAUUCCAAAAGAAGUUGUUGCCCAAUACAAUAGAACCUUAGAGUACAUCUUACUCAAGCCAUUCGCAACAAUACGGGUGGGACUAUCUUUAUCCGUCUCCAUCCCAAUAUUUGCGCAUCGAUUCGAUGACAACAUGUCGAAGAAGUUGUUCCAGGAUUUGCUAAAUGCUACGACCCGUACUAUCUCCGCAGAGCUGCUAGAGGUAUAUCGUGCAUUGUCAUCGCAGCUAACUGCUACCAUGCCCGCUUGUGCCGUACUACGAAAGAGUCUCCUGCUCAGCAUCUCAUCAAAUGACAUGCAACACGCUCUGGACUCUUUCUUAGGAGACGCGAUACCUCCUGGCGAUGUCUUAGACCACAACAGCGGGGACGUCUGCAAUAACCAUGCCGUUGCUUCCAAACGCGCAUUGGUCUCGACUUUACUGAUUAUGAUCCUCACUGCUACAUUAACGACCCAGAUAGACGAAUCUAGAUUGCCAACGAAGAUAGCGAUCUCUCUACUUGAGAUGCAAAGCCGCAUCACUGGUCCGUCAAACACGUGUCCACAAACAAUCGAAACACACCAACUGCGGUCAAGGCUUUCUGUCUUUGAGCAGAGCUGCACUCCUCGAGCUGUGACGGGUCAACCGAACUGGAGAGAUCGGUUAGCUCUCGAUCUUCAACAGCAGUCCGCUCAUCAGAGAGAUAUGAUCGUCCAUACUGUAGCACAAGUUUGCCAGCAGCUGGAGGAACGGUGCGACCAUGUCGAAAAGCCUCUUAGAGAAGAGCAGCGUAAAGUUGAAGAGCUCGAAGCACAAGUCACGAAGUUGAAAGAUCUCGUAUCAACGCUUGAGUCUGAAGCCAUCGAUCGCAAAUUACUGGUCGAUGGCAUUGAAGGCGAACGUAUGCAGUGGGAGCUGGACCUACAACAGGCGGAAUCUCGGAAUGACAGACUCUCGAAUGAAUUCUCGACCUCGUUGGAAGACAUGCGGCAGAAGCUCGAGGAAGCCGAAAGAGAGACGAACCAUACGCGUGCUGGUUUUGAGGCGCGAGAGAUAAAGCUACGAGCCGACCUUCUCUCCACCGAGGAGAUCUUGCAACAGCGCACUGGUCAAGUUGGGUCUCUCGAAAUUCAGAUAAAACAGUUACAAGCCGAUCUGGAGUCCCGAGGCGCCGAAUUGGAACGAAUCAGACAACUACAUGAGUCUCUUACAGUGCAGCUCCACGAACUUCAUGGAGAUUUAGAGCUAGCGCGGCAGGACGGUUCGCGCCAAACGAAUCAGAUCGCUGGUCUUGUCGUAAAGGAAGGUGAGAUCACGACAUAUUUGGAGAACGCCAAACAAGAGCUCGCCGAUAAAACUCGCGCUCUUGAAAAACUUCAUGAGGACCACCUGAAACUAGAGAGCGCCUCGAGAGAUCAGCUGGCAUCUGCGGAGUCAAAGUAUCGGACGGAUUUGGAAAACGUAGCGGCACAGGCAAACGAGGAGGCAGCUCGUCUCAACAAACAGAUCGAGGAUGCUGUUGGUAGAUUCGACGAAUUGAAGCAAACGCACGAAGAGCUGUUACACGAGAUGGAUCUCGACAGGGCUGCGAUCAGCGAAUUGGAGUCCGAGAACGACCAGCUUAGAGACUCCUGUAUAGCUAAAGACGAGGAGCUAGAUGCUCUCAAAGCACUGAAAAAGCGAGUACUCAGCACGAUGGGAGUCGACAGUGCUUCACCGAUGCGGUCGACCCGGUCACAGAACGAAGCCUCCAACCUUGCUCUCAGGCGUCAACGUGAGAUAAGGCCAAGACCCAUGCUACAGCCACACCAGCGCAAUGGUAGUACGGAGCCCUCAGGUGAAGCGAUAACAUCUCGAGGCGCCAGGUCCCCGUCGUCGCCCAUGAUGAGUCCUACAAUGAAGCGAGCAAAGGCAGGCUGCCCGUUUGAAGCUCCUCAAAUCAGUUUGCCUCGCCCGAAUACUGGCGCGCGCACCUCAAAGUCUAUGUAUACCCACAAGGACGUGUCUCAGCGGCGGCCACUGGCUGAUGCGUCGGCACGAGGAAAUCAGUCUCCUCGCCGUCGACGCACCACAAUCGGCUUUGAAAUUACCGAAAAUCAAAAGUCUAUGGGCCAGGAGGACACUAUGGAAUCUGCGUCCUUCCCAAGCGGCAUGUUCACUAGCACGCCUCUGACGCCACAGAGGAGGAAAUCAGAUUUGGGUCAGUUGGAAGGCCGACAGGUUCCUUCCGGCGAGACGACGUGGGAGUUCUAGCGCCCGUUGCGGCUUGCUCAGGGUAUGCGCACGCAUGAUGCUUUUGUGUAACUAUUCCGGCAUCCUGCCUUAGGCGAGACGGCUUCCCAUUGGCACACUUCCAUGAUAUGACAGCUCGUGGUAAUGUUCUUUUUUCACUGGCGA